AUGCCUAGCAGAGACGCGCAGUUUUCUAAAGGAAAAAGAAAAGAAAACACAGAACGCGCACCGCGCUGCUGUUCUGGGGAAUCCAUGGAAGCGGCAACGGCGAGCUCGGUGGUAGGAUCGAGGGCCGAGUUCGGGUCCCGCCUAGGGCUCGCGAGGCCUUGGCUCAGACCCAGCGGCGGCCGCGGCGGUCCUCACACCCCUCUCCCGUUUCGCCAUCUGCCAUGGCCGACCUCGCGCCUCGUCCGCAGCAGAGCAGUCCGGGCGCGGAGCGUCGUCGCCGCCGCAAAUCCUCACCAGCAGCAGGCCGGAGUGGGAGGAGGAGAGGCGAUGGAGCCCGAGAGGGGCAGCCCCCACGAGGUGAGGGAGGAGAUUGCGAGGUGCUACGAGCUCGUCCGCCGCCUCGGCCGUGGCGCCGUCUACCUCGGCUCCUCCAGGGUGCCGGCCGCGCACCCCCACUACCGCCAGACCGCCCAGCUCGCGGCGGAGAUAGCCAAGCUGCUGGACUGCACCACAUGGACGGGCGCCGGCCCCGGCCUCAUGGAUGCUGCCACCCAGGGCGCCCUCGAGGCGGGCAAGCCGGUCGGCGGCUUCAGGAUCGGCAAGGAGGCCGGUGAAUGGACAGCCUCGAACUUCCACCCUUACCUGCCCUCGGAGACCUACCUCACCUGCAGGUUCUUCUCGGCAAGGAAGCAUGGCUUAGUGGACGCUGUAGUGCGCAACAGCUCCGCGGACAAAACCGCCAUCGUCGCAUUGCCCGGCGGCAUUGGGACGCUGGAUGAGCUUUUUGAGAUCAUGGCGCUGAUUCAGCUGGAGAGGAUCGGAUCGGCUCUACCGGUCCCGUUAUUGCUGAUGAAUUAUGACUCUUACUACUCCAAACUGCUGGAGUUUCUGAAUGACUGCGAGGACUGGGGCACAGUUGCUCCUGGGGAAGUGGCAUCGCUGUGGAAGAUUUGCAGUGGGAACCACGAAGCCUUGGAGUACUUGGCACAGUUCUACGAUGUGCCUACGGGGGAAAGGAAUUAUGGCAUAUCAUCACCGCCGUCGAAGGUAGACAGGGUUCCUUUCUACACCGUCAGGAGAUGA